CGACGGCAAUAUUGCGCGAUCGCGAGAGACGAAAUGGAAUACGUUCGGAUCCUCCGGGCCGUCGGUAAACAAAAAUCAUUAAGGUACGUCUCGUCGACCCGUUUGUCUCCGUUCGUCCGCUCAGCCGCGUAGCCGUCGCCCGGGCUCUCCGCGUUCACCGUUCACCUCGUCAUCGACCGUAGCGACCACCGGCACCCGCGCUCGUCACCGUCGCCGUGCCCGGAUCUCGUUUUCCGCCGGAACCGAGUCGAAGGCAGCCUCGUCGCCGGGGACCUGUCGUUUUGUUCCUCGCGCGCGUCCCCCGUACACUACACGGCACCCGGACAAACGAGUCGGCCGCACUCCGUGCUUCUGUGUGUGCACCGUUUUGACGGGUGUGUUUGUUUGUGUGUGUGUGCGUGUGUUUUUGUGUGGCGCGUCCGUGUAUUGCUGUGCCCGAGCUCGUUCGCGUACUCGGUACGUUUUUUCGUUUUCGUUUCUCCCCAGUUUCUCGCCGGACCGGCCGAACGCGUCCCUCCCGUUUCCAACGCCAUUUUACACCGUCCUUGGCCGUUUAGCGCCCCGGUCUGUUGCCGGCUCGUGUACAGCCAUCAUUCGGUCCGUUCGUUCGUUACAUCGAACUGCACAGCAGUUUUGUUUACCCUCCGCCAUCACGUUACCCGUUUGGCGUGUGCGUGCGCUGUUUUAUUUUUCCGCUGUCCGUACUUACGACGCGCGCUCGGUUGUCGUUGUACGCCUCACAGCCGCCGCGCACGUUUCCCACGAACGCCCGUCUUUCUAAAUGUGUACGAUCGUCGUCGACGGUCGCACAUCAACAUUCGUCUCGUCCCCAGUACUCGAUUGACGCGAUGGCUUCCAAAAAGUGCGGUUCACCCAGUCGCAUGGAUUUGGUGAAAGAGAGUCAAGGAAGAAUGAAGGAAAUAUACAAACUUAUCGCUGAACCAGAAUCAGCUGACAGCAAAAAGAAACUAAAUUCAGAUUAUUUCGAUUAUUCUGGGAAAGUUAUUAAUCACGAUUAUUGUGAUGUAUGUUAUGGAGGUGGAGAAAUUGUAUGCUGUGAUAAAUGCCCAAGAUCUUUUCAUAUAAUUUGCCAUGUUCCUACAAUUAAUAAACUACCUGAUGGUGAUUGGUUUUGCAGAGGCUGUUCUGAAUGCGAUGAUGACGACGAAAUUCUUAAAGUUCCUAAGAAUACUGUAGAGGUUAGAGGAAGGCUAACAAGAUUAUUAGAAAUUGAAAUUGUAAAGGCACAUUCAGAUGAAGAAUUUCUCGCUGAAGUACCUACCAAACGCAAAUUUAAUGUAAAGCUACAAGGACGAAAACAAUUGGAUAAACAAAAAAUGAUUCGUAAAAAGGAUAGAUGUUUUUUAUGCAAACGAGGUAUUCUGAGGGGACGAUUGGUGAACUGCCAUUAUUGUAAUCGACUUUAUCAUCUAAAUUGUUUGGACACUCCAAUUCGUGACUGGGAUCAUAAUAUGAGAUGGAUAUGUCCUGCUCAUAACAAUUUCUUUCAAUUGUCAUAUCCUGAAUUGUUCACUCCUGGCGCUGGAGUAAUAUCAGAUACUAUAACAAUGAAGAGACAACGAUGUGAACUUCCAAGAUUGCCUAAAUAUAAAUUUUUCAAUGUACCUAGUCAUAUUGAUGCCAUGUAUAAAGAGCCAGAAGAAAACAUUCCAAUGAUGUCGACUGAUAAUUCUUCCUUAAAUAUUUUAUGUGACGUUGCAUCACUUGAAUUAGAAUCAAUAGAUUCUGAUCAGCAUAUCAAUUAUGAAAAUAGAAUUUCAAAUAAUAUUUCUGUUAAGUUCCUACCAACAUCUCAGCAUCUCAGUAUAUUGGAAAACAAUAAUAAUUUACUAUCUAAACAACCUUGUGCUUCUUUAACAUUUUUAUCUUCAUCCACACCCAUUACUAUUUCAAUACAAGAAAAAUCAUUUAAGAUUGGUAAAAGUUAUAAUAAUCAUUUUUCUUUACAAGAUUUGGGAAAUUGCGAAUUUCUUUCUGAUUACCACGCUACAAUUACAUUUGAUGAUGAACUUGGAGAUUAUCUUGUGAAAAACCACAGUAGACAUGGUUUAAUAGUUGAUGAUGUAUCCUAUUUUGGAAAUCGCCGACCUAAAGAAUCAAGUAACAGUGAACUGAAAAAAAUUAAUUCACAAGUAAAAAAAUUCAUAAAUAAACAACGAAGACAAGUUUGGAAUCGUAACUUGAUUCGUAUAUAUCAAAAUAAUUAUAGUAAAGAAAUGUUCAUUAGAUAUAUUGGAAAAAAACGUAGAUUUAAUUUUGAACCAUUGUUAAAAUAUUAUACUGGUAAAUUAAAAAAAAAUAAGCAUGAUUAUAAAAAAGUCGAGUGCAUGUGUUCCAAAAGAUUUCCUCCUAAAGAUGGGUACGCUGGACAAGCUUUACUAUGUAAUGGAUCUAUAAUGUCAAUUGGUUGUUUUAAAUUUGAAUUCACUUAUGAUAUAUAUACAAAAGAAAUUACUAAAGGCUCUACAGAAAAUUUAGAAACCAAGCAAGAUGGGAAUAAACUUAAUGGAGUGCGAUUAAAACCACCAUCUGAACAAGAGAACUGCAUCAAUAUUACCAAAUGUAACAGUUAUGAACAGGAAUUAGUUACCAUUAAUAGCCAUUGCUCACUUGAAGAUACAGAUGACACAAAUUCUUUCAAUGAACAAAAUAAUAUAAGCCUGUUUGAUAACUCCCAAGAUUUUAGUUCUUCUAAAGAAAGAACUAUAAUAAAUGGUAUUUCUAAGAACGUAACUAUGCAUGAAAAUGAUUUUAAACCACCAUUAGAAGUUAACCUGCCAAAUAAUACAAUAUGCACAAGUAAUUUGAAUAAUACAGAUGACAUUUUGUUGGAUAAAUGUUUUGCCAAUGAUUUAAUUCAAGAAGUUGAUGUAUUGUCUGAUGAUGGUGGAAUUAUUGAAGAAGAAAUUGUGUAUGAAAUUAAUGUUCCUGAGGCUGAUAUCAGUACAACAAAUUCUAUAAAUGAUGAUCAAGAUUGGAUUAUUGAAGAAAUUGUUGUUGAAGCAGAUAAAAAUGAUCUCGAAUCUUCUGUUAAUUUACAACUGUCAUCACCACUAGAGUAUUCUGUACCUGAAAAUAAUCGUGGAGAUUAUAAGACUGAACAUAUGUAUUGUGCACGUAGUCCAUCUUACAAUGAGCCUAUUGUCAUAUCAGACGAUGAUGAAUAAAUAUAAUAUGACUAAGAAUUUGUAAACAAUAAAGUUUUUUUUUUU